AGGCGCAGUGGCUUCGCGUGGCGGACGAGCGGGCGGCGCAGGUACCAGGGUGUCAUGGAAGGGCUGCUGAAAAGAUGCAGAGCACUGUCUGCCUUGACUUUCUGCAGCCGCCACCUCUCCAGGUAUAUUACCCACAGAUGCUACCAUUGUGCGCCAGGGAGGCGGCAGCGCUUGGUUUUAUCCCGCAUGUUCCAGCCUCAGAACCUCCGGGAAGACCAGGUGCUUCCUCUGGAGGGCAGAGCUAGCGAUCUGACCUGUAAGAGCCAGCGACUGAUGCUGCAAGUGGGCCUGAUCCUCCCAGCAAGCCCUGGCUGUUACCACCUCAUGCCCUACACGGUUCGUGCCAUGGAGAAGCUCGUCAGGGUAAUAGACCAGGAGAUGCAGGUCAUUGGAGGGCAGAAGAUCAACAUGCCGAGCCUCAGCCCCGCUGAGCUGUGGCGAGCCACCAGCCGCUGGGACCUGAUGGGCAGGGAGCUGCUGAGACUGAGAGACAGGCAUGGCAAAGAGUACUGCUUGGGACCAACUCAUGAGGAAGCGGUUACCGCCCUGGUCGCCUCCCAGAAGAAACUGUCCUACAAGCAGCUUCCCUUACUGUUGUACCAGGUUACAAGGAAGUUUCGGGAUGAGCCGAGACCCCGUUUUGGUCUUCUCCGUGGCCGGGAGUUCUAUAUGAAGGACAUGUACUCCUUUGACUCCUCCUCUGAGGCCGCCCGGGAGACCUAUGGCCUGGUGUGCGAUGCUUACUGCAGACUGUUUGAUAGGCUGGGGUUACGAUGGACGAAAGCCAGGGCAGCUGUGGGAAGCAUUGGGGGCACAUUGUCCCACGAAUUCCAGCUGCCAGUGGAUAUUGGAGAGGACCGGCUUGUGGUCUGUCCCAGCUGCCACUUCUCAGCCAACACAGAGAUACUAGACUUGUCGCAAAAAGUCUGCCCCGACUGCCAGGGCCCACUGACAGAAACCAAAGGCAUCGAGGUGGGGCACACAUUCUACCUCGGUACCAAGUACUCCUCCAUUUUCAGUGCCCAGUUUACCAAUGCCCACGGGGACCCUUCACUGGCGGAGAUGGGGUGCUAUGGCUUGGGGGUCACUCGGAUCUUGGCUGCUGCCAUCGAAGUCCUCUCUACAGAAGACUGCAUCCGCUGGCCCGGUCUCCUGGCUCCUUACCAAGUCUGCCUCAUCCCCCCUAAGAAGGGCAGUAAGGAGGCAGCGGCCACAGAGAUAGUGGAGCGCUUACACGAUGACAUCAUCGAAGCGGUGGCACAGCUCCGAGGGGAGGUCCUGCUGGAUGACAGGACCCACCUGACCAUCGGAAAUCGACUGAAAGACGCCAACAAGCUUGGCUACCCCUAUGUGGUCAUUGCCGGCAAGAGGGCCCUGGAGGACCCCGCCCACUUUGAAGUUUGGUGCCAGAACACUGGUGAGGUGGUAUUCCUCACCAAAGAGGGAAUCCUGGAACUACUGGCUAGUGUUUGUGUUGUCUAAGUGCCCAACUACACCCGUCCCUGGGCUUGGUGUCCACUGUACAACUGUAGUUCCCUCCACUUCUCUGGCUUCUCGUGGAAGGGAGAACAUGCUAGGGAACCCUGUACCCAUUCCUUCCUUAGAAUGGUUCGUAUUUAAUCAUUGACUGAUCCUCUGGACUGGCCAUCUACCAUGUGCCAAUCAUUUUGCACGUAGACACUUCCAUUAGACAGGUGAGAAAGAGACCUACGUCACUCCCUUGAAAAGCUGAUUUCUGGGUGUAAGACCAGAAUGACUGGAAGCUGGGGACCACACUUCCCUAACCUCAUCCCACAGUCUGACACAUGCCUUGCACUUCAUUCGAUCCAGAAAGCAGGGCCCUUCUCCGCUGAGGAACCAAGAGCUCCAGAGAGUCUGGCACUUGCUGCUAACUCACUGGUAAUUUGACUCGCCUGCUCCCUGCUGGGGCCUGGGGUUCCCAUUUGAAGAUGGGAGAUGGAGUUAGGUCUGUAAGGACCACAGAGCGCUCACUGACCCCACUAGACAUGUGGAUCUGGUUCCUUAUUCCUCCAAGCUUCCCAAGAAGUCCUAACUGCCUGAUGGCCCCACACUACCUCCAGAGACUUGACAUUACUGGGUUCACGUCAGCACUGAGACAAUGUUCUACUGAUUGAGUAAAGUCAGGCUUUGGGAUGAGCUUUUUUGUGUGUUAAUUUGAAACAAAAAUAGCAUCUUGGGGGCUAGAGAGAUGGCUCAGAGGUUAAGAUCACUGGCUGCUCUUCCAUAGAUCUUAAGUUCAAUUCCCAGCAACCACCAGGUGACUCGCAACCAUCUGUAAUGAGAUCUGAUGCCCUCUUCUGGUGUGCAAGCAUACAUGAAUGCAGAAUGUUGUACACAUAAUAAAUUAAAAAAUAGCAGCUGUUUCAGCAGUACAUACAAUAGCAUGUCCCCCCGCACUUGCUGGGGUGGGGAGGGUGGCAGGGGGCUGGGAAAAUGUGCUUUAAACUGUUUCUCCCAGACUUCAGGCGCAAUAGGACCAUCCUCCCACCACACCCCGCUCCCCACCACCAUGACCUUGUCCUGGGUUCUGAGUUGAAUUCCAGAGCCAUAACAGGAGUGACUGGUUGAGAGCUGACUAGGUUCUGUGGGAAAAUGGGAGCAGGGGCAGCAUUUCACAGCAGGGCCACCUCCACUCACUGCUCCAGCAUCCAGCUGAGGAACAUAGCUGAGCUUUCCAUCCCAGCGCCCCUUGUGAUCUCCACAUGUGCAGCUCACUCGUCCAUGGAAUAGUGCCAUAUUCGAGGAGGGUCUUCCCCACCCUGCCUAACACUCUAGAAAGGCUCUCCCAGACACAUACAGAGGCGGGCCUCACAAAUCUAGGUGAUUCUAAAUCCAACCAACUUGCCAAGGAAGGUAAAUUGCAGAAAGGUGUCUGGGCUCCAAAGCAGGUCCUGGAAGCUAUUAGGGCUUGGUAGAUAGAUGCCCUGGGAAACUUGACAGUGUGCUUGAGGGUGGAGUUACUGCAGGACAGCAGUAGCUAGACAGAGAUGGGAAAAGAGAAAGGAAGCCAAGCAUCCGCAAUCCCCUUAGUGCUUCUGGCCAGCGUCAAGUGGGCAGCCACCUCUGGCCACAUGCUGUUACGUCUAAGCGCAUGGGUCCAUGUGACUGAACUGAACCCUCUGAAACCCAAAUAGUCUCUCUUUGGGUUGUCUCUUUGGGGUAUUUUGAUCAAGUGGCAUGAGAUGUAAUUUGCCUUUGAGCAAGCAUAGGUCAGGUUGCCUGGCAGAGGCUCUUAGUUUACUGCACAUUGGGGUCCCUGGGUCCCUUACAGAGCUUCUGGUUCUCUAAGUGGGGUCGUGGCUUAGGACUCUGGUUGUAGUGCGAAUCAUCAAGAGUGCCUGGAGUAAGAUCAUCUGCCUCCAAACCCAUGUUAUCAGUUAUUUCUUUGAUUUCAGUGGGGCAUCAGGCUAAUGCUGCCUGUGUUUGGGGGUUUUUGUUUUUUUAAAAUUGUGUGUGUGUGUGUGUGUGUAUGUA